UAAUCGAUUCUAGUCAAGAAGUGUAAUGAUAAAUGAUUUAGUGAUACUGUAAAUACUGAAAUUUUUUUUUGCAGUCUUUUAAAAGAUUUAUUAUUUAAAACGCAGCAGCUAUUGCUUAAGUUCUACAUUUCUUAUCAUAUAAGAGAAAAAAAUGGCAUCUAACCAUUUUAUCCUCCGAUGCAAGACUGAAAAGGGUCCUGUAACAUUAACAGAGUUAACAUAUGAUAGUACAAUUGAGGAACUUAAGUCUAAUGUAGCAAAGUUAACACAGUUAAAGCCUGAGAAUAUGAAGUUCUUAAAUGGGUAUCCACCGAAGCCUUUGAUUAUUGAAAAUGAUAAUUUGAAGUUAUGUGAAUUGGACAUUAAAUCUGGCGACACUCUGAUUGUUGAAUGUCAAAAAAUGUCUGAAGAAAUUAAAAGUCCAUUGUCUUUUGUCAGAGAAAGGUCUUUGCAUGAGAUUGUAUUCGACCAAUCUGGAAUAAUGAUGAGACAUGUUGUACCCUCAAAUAACUCAUGCCUUUUCACUAGCGUCUAUUUUAUUCUCUCUCAUGGUGUUAUGGAUUUUGAAAAAAGUAACAGUUUGCGAGGAAUUAUUUCUGAAGUUGUUGCAAAUAAUCGUGUAAAGUACACUACUGCCUUUCUUGGGAAACCGAAUGAAGAAUAUUGUGAAUGGAUCAAAAAUCCUGCUCAUUGGGGUGGAGCUAUUGAAUUAUCAAUUCUGUGUGAGCAUUUCCAAUUGGAAAUAGUGGCAAUUGAUACUAUGAGCUUAAUAGCCCAUCGCUUUGGGGAAAACAAUCAUUUUGAAGACCGAAUUUUUCUUAUAUAUGAUGGUAUUCAUUAUGAUCCUUUAGUCUUGGAGCUUGGUAAUACUGUUCAAACCGUAUUUCCAGCAAGUGAUCCUAGACCUAUGGAAAUGGCUCUAGAGAUUGCAAGAGAAGCUAAAUCAAGUCGUCAGUUUACUGACAUUACAAAUUUCACCUUAUUUUGUAAAAUAUGUCAAGAAAGAUUUGUUGGCGAGAGACAAGUUGCUGAGCAUGCUCGUGUCACUGGACAUUGUGAAUUUGGCGAAUUUUGAAUCAUUGUUUCUCACUUUUUUUUUUUUUCAUUCCAUUUUGUGAUUGAUUCAUUAUUUAUCAUUUUUGAUACAUUUUAGUUUUUAUUUCGGAUUUAUAAAUGUUAUGUUAGAUAUUAGUUUACAAAGCACUUACUUAAAAAUUGUUGAAAUUAUUAGUAGUAUUUUGAUUUAUCUUAUAGUUGUUACUCCUAUAAAGAACAAAUUUGUUUGAAUAUUUUUACUUAAUACGGCUGUAGUAUUGGUUUUUGUAAAUUGAUUUCUGAAUUGAUUAAGUGCAAUAUAUUAGCUGAAAUCUUACUUCAUAAAAGCUAAUGUCUUUUUGCUUUGAUGUUAUACAAGAUUGUGGGUAAUUAAAAUAUGUCUUUUUUAUCAGAAAUUAAGUAUCAAUAGGGAAAAUUGAAUUUUUAGUCAUGAACCUAGGCAGGUCUUCCUGUUUUCCUAAAAAAAAUUUGUUGCUAAAGGCUAGAAAAUCUAAAUUAGAUGAAAUCUGUAAAU